UCCACCGAAACUUGUAUUGUCGUGUUUAUCAACAAGUUCGAUGAGCAUGAAAUUACGACUAAAUGGACAUUUAAACUUCGUUCUUCAUUCAUGAGCAUUCUGAGCUGCAUUGAAUCCCGGUACGAGGAAGAUAGCAAGAUUUAUAAAUGUCGUAGUUUGAAAACUGGAAAAUUUAUAGAACUUUGACUUGAAGACAGUUCGAAAUGGGGUGGCAACAGCUUCUCAACAAUUCCAGCCUUCCACUAAAGAAACGGCUACAUGGAGCUCUUGUGGCCUUCCUGUCUUCAUCUGUGGAACUUAGAACACAACAAAAAGAAGACAUAGUCAUUUUUUGGCUCACUAGAUUAGUUAGGGAAAAACAGGCUACCACAUGGCGCGAGGGAACUGAUGUUGAACAAGAGCAAGUUUGGGAACUGCUGGACAAUAUUUUUUCAUCAAAUAGACUGCAGAAGUUGGUGAACAAUGGCUGGACCUGUCCUAUCACAUCAGCUUUCCCUCGGAGCAUUGUUGAUGUGCUGGGCAGUCCAAACCUGGGUCAACAGACCUGUAGACACGUUGUUUCAACAGUGUGUUCUGUCAUAUCCACCCCAGCACUUGUGUCAGUCAUCAGCAAUUCUGCUGCUCUUUCAUUGCAAGUUUUGACUGCGCUGCUGGAUAUUGCCAUGAGCUUCCCUUGGAGUAAAGUUGAAGAAGAGAGACUCAAAAGGGAACCCAGCAAGCAUGAAGCUUCUCACAUUGAUUCUAAAGUACUGGAAAACUGGCCAGCAAAAAAGAAGAGGGGUACUUUCUCUUAUGCUGGAAAAAAUGAGACUGAUAUUUCAGUACCUCAUGUAGUCUAUGAAGAGAAAGUUUUACAAGCCAUCUCGAUUUUACUCAAUGAAGUGAGAUCUCAGCUUCUUGUAAAAAAGGAUGAUACUGCUGUCAAGUUCUGCAGCCAACAGCUUCUACGACGCCUUGUUAUUUUUGAAACUUUGUCAGAGGCCUAUUGUGGUAAAUUAAAAUUUAAUCUACUAAUAAAAAUGGAAAAUCUCAUUCAGAACUGUCUGUUUAGUCCCAAUAUUUCAGUUCAGUACAAAACAUUCCUAUCCUUCAUGAGUGUAGAGGGCUGCAAAGAAUUCAGCGAAUUAUCGCUUAUUCCAGUGGUUUUAAGCAGUGUGGCCUCUAUCAUGACCAGUGAGUCGUUGCCUGCCGUUAAACGUGCUGUUUCUCUCUUUUUUGAGGGUUUUGUGCAAAAGUUUUCCGAGGAAGAGUGGGUAAAAAUGCUGGCCUGCUUACUGCAUAUGGCUGGUAUAACUCUCCCCAAGAGCUUUAUCAGUUGUGACAGUGAAGCAUUAGAGUUCAUUGUCAAAAUGCCUCUAGAGAAACGCACUCAAGAAGGCAUCAUAGCUUCACUAUUGCAGUCAUCACUGUUCUCUGGGAAGAUAACUGAAGACUGUCCUAUGGAUUCUUACCUACUACUCCUACAAGAGCAUCUCAUUGAAUCACGGCCUCUGAGCUGUGACUGGUUUGUGGCCAUGCGAGUCCUGCUCAUGCAUUCUUCAGACAAUCACCCUGACGAGUUCAUAGGUGCACUUGGUGAAGUGGUCUGUGCUCGUAAGCCUGAUGAGCAGUCAAUGCAGGCAGUGUCAGACCUCCUACUUGACCUGCAUAAAUAUUACACCAAAGCUGUUGGUCCUGUAGCGUUUGUGACGCUGCUGAUGGAGAGCAUUAUCCUCAAGAAAGACAAGUUAUUGGCCCACACUGAUAUAUUGCCGAUUUUUGCUCCCACUGAGAAUCAAGGCCUCAAAUUGCUGCUGCCACCUCAAUUUCUCGCAUCAUUGGGCGCUACAUUGGGCACUGCAGAACCUCUCAUGUUUCUCGAUAUCUUUGCUGCCUUGCAAAACAGUGCCGACAAAUUCCUCAUACCUUUACUGACGGAAAGUGACGACUGCAGCACAGUAAGCCAACGCCGUGCCCUGGCCGUGUGUUGCUGGAUACUCAGUGUUCUGUUGUACGAGGCAGACCCAACACGUAUCCUUAAUGUGCAAUCUUUUGCUGAGAAAAUGGCCAUUAAAGUGGCCGAGUUCAUUGAAGUUUUCGAUUCUCUCCUGGGCAAGCUCAGCCAACUGAAGUUUGACAGCGCGAGUUACAUUGGAGUAUUGCUGCUGAGUCACGCAUUCACCAACUUCUUCUUGCAGCUCCUCAGCAACGACGCUUUUGUGGAGUUCUGGAAGCCCCGGACGCGUUCUCCAUUAUCCCUGGUGCCGCACACGGCGCCCGAAGCAUGGUCGGUCCUGCAGAGCACCAUCGAUGUUCACGGAGAUUCAGACUCGCGAAGCCUUAUGCUGCGCUUAAUUCUUCUCAGACUGCAGCAUUUGAAUGCUGAACGAAAACGAGCUAUGGUCUUAUCAUUGCUAUCUGCUGCUGGAGAAUCGUCUCUUAAAAAUCAUCUCGAAGAAGAAGGACUUACGAAGAUCUCAGUUGCAGAACUGACAACCGCCAUAGCUUCACUGUCUGACGUCGUUCACAAGCACUUCGAGAAAUCUAAGGAAGCUCCGAGAAUUGUUAAGAACUUGCUUUGUGAAAAUCUUAUUUCCGGUUUUCAUUUACUGAGCAAUCGGAAGACUAUUGCUAGGUCUGCGCUGUCUGCUUACGUGGCCAAUCAAAUGCUUCUAAAAUAUAUUCCUCGACUACAAGGAAAUAUUGCUCUUCUGGUUCCUCACCUCAUUUCCGUAGCGUUUGCAAGGCUUACUUCAAUAAUUAAAUCCUCAGAAGACUCGACUGGAGGAAAGAAACGCAAGCGAAGUGUAGGUGCCGAGACUGUUGCGUGCGAUGCAGACGACCUCAGUGUUAUUCUGAAGGCCACGAGAGCCAGGCUCGAUGGGUUUGACAAGCCCGAUUACCAAAAGAAAGCUGAACGUGAGGAUGCUAAGCUAGCAAAGGCUAGCCUCAUGAGUAUCGUAGAAGCUCUCAAUAAAGGAGUUACUUUACCUCGCAUUAACUACUCAGACGGGCAUAUUGCUGUCAAAAUAUUUAACCUCAUUUUAGACUUUCGGCUCGACUCGCUUGCUGCUAAUCAAAUCGCCGCCCUCCUUCAAGCAUUCAUGGCUAUUCUAUUCCUGUCUGACUUGAGCGAUAAGGCUCAGAAGAAGAUUACUAUACUGCUGCUGCGGUGCAUCAAUCUCUGCUACGUCUCGAAAACGACUGACGUGACCGUGGUUCCCGCUCGUAGUCUUCCAACUCUUGCCAUCGCACUAAUCUCGAUGCGACACGAUUUGUCUUCGAUUUUUCUUCAAGUUAAGGAGCCAAAAUCUGACGAUAAUCUGAAUGUUAACGAAACUGUAGCCAUCAACUUUGACGCGGUUUUCAAGACCGUGUUGAAACAGUUGGUAUAUUUCAGCAAUGUCGAGGACUUGAUCUCGCCUGUGACGGAUUUCAUAGUGAGCAGUGCAAUGAAGACCUCAGCGUCUGGCAUUGACGGCCGGUAUCUGCAAACCGCCUGGGAUUUUGUGUCUAUUUGCGCCCAGGCGACAUCUGAAGCUUCUGGACAGCGCAUUCGCUACAGCAACGCAGCCAUCCGCACGCUCAGCUCAUGGUGCUUGAGCGGCUUGAAAAAGUGGAGUCUUGCAUCAAUAUCGGCUAACUCUGCCAACUGCAUUCUUCCCAUGCUCACCGAGCUGUUGAUUCUGGAGUUUGGUCUUAGAAAAACCACAGCCAGCGCUAAGAAAACCCACGCAAAUAACGAGUUAGUCGAUGGAAAAAAUCACCAAGACAAGUUGGAAGCUGGCAGCAUGCAAUGCUUUGAACAUCUUCCUUCUGCAUGGGAGCUCGCAGAAAAGUGUCUGAUUGACAAUGAUACCUCCGUUCAAGUGUCUGCUUUACUUUUUAUAUCUGCUGUGAAAUCGGUGCCUGCAGAACUACGUCAGAAAUUCACUGAUGAAACCAUAGCACGUGCCGUGUUUACCUUUUUCCUGAAAGAGUCUCCGGUGCAAGCUCUAGAUACAAAAAAUAUUCACUCCGAAGCUGAAAAUAAUUACCUACUGGAGCUAACUUCAACCAGCAAACUUCCUCUUGCUGUUUUUCUCUCCGACUGUUCUUUGGACAUGUACGGGGAGUUACUAGGCGAGCUCAUCAAACGCAGUACGGAUUUGUCGUGCUGUCUCUCCGUGCGCACAAUUACGCUGUGGCACAUGGUCAUGCAGACGGAUGUGGGUGUGAUGGAAAGACGGGUCAAGCGAUCUGCUCUCAGGACCCUUGCUCAGAUCAUCGUCCGGCAUCUCAAGUCACCCAACUCUCUCUUCUCGUCUCAAGAAAACCUGGAUCAGCUGCCCGGUCUCGCUGGCAACGUAAUGUUAUCAGUGCUGGAGCUGUUCGAUUCUAUGAUGAAAAGCAACGUGUCGCUACCACACCAAGUGGUCAUGCAUGUCCUGAGCGCCGUCACCGUGUCAACAAGACAUCUCAGCCCUGCAAACUUUGCACUCGUAUGGAAAAGUCAGGUCUCACUGCUGAUGUCGUCUCUGAUUUCGCGGACCACGGCGUGGAAGCUUCGAGUCUCCGGCCUGUUGAGCUCCAUACAGCUCCUGAUACAAGAGCUUGUGUGGCGCAGCCGCGCCGAAAUCCAUCACUCCGUCGAAAAUAUUGAGUUGCUUACAAGCUGCGGCCUAAGCCUGGACCAGCUAAUUCGUAAGGUAGAGCUUCUAAAGUAUGAGCUGUACCCUGUGCUUCAUCUCACCGUCGGUGGCGUCCUUGUUAUGCUGCAGCAACACAGCAUCAUCGCUCCUGUCAGGAGUGUGCUGGAUAGCCAGAUCUACAAGCUACUGAAGAUGUGCUGCAGUCUGGGACUGAACCACUUGGCAGUGUCGCUGCCGUCUGAAACGCGUCCUCUACUGAGCCAUUACCGCAAUAACUUCAACAAGUACUACAAUGUCAAGCAACAGAUCGAGUAAUGCAACAUAACUCC